UACCAUGGAACGCAGAUGUAGAAUUCCUUUCGAGGGUUUCGAAGAUUCGAUCACGACCGCCUCGCAAUGGGUGUCGAGAAAGAUGGGAAGGAGGGGAGAUCGCUUCGAUCGAUGGUAAUACUGUGAUCUUUCGAUGGCACGGAAAGGGAGGAGAUGGAGGAUAGAGAGGCGGAGGUUCCACCUCUCAAGUUUGGCAUGGUGGCGGAGGAAAUCUGCCGCUCGGGAUUCCCCACAGCCACCGAUUUCGGCUCCUUGGAAGAGCUGAUUAUCCGAACCAGGUUCUUGUGCCCGAAGCCUCACCCGGAGAAUAUAAUUCGCUUCCCUGGAUUCGUCUGUUCCUGUUCGGAAUCGAAGGUAGCGAUGAACCGGAAAUUGACAAGGGGUUGGGUUUGACACGUAGAUAAUCUGACGUCCCGUCCCGUCCAUCACUGAUUUGAUGACUCGAGUCUAACUAGGCAGCUAACCUCCGGUGAAGCGUGCUUUAUAAACACGUCCCUUCGGUUCGCCGAGAAGCCAUCCCACCUCUCGUAGAGUCAGUCAUGUCUUAAAAGUGAGUUACGAAUCUCCUCCGUUGGCGACCGCACCGAGGGGAAAAAGGCCUCGUCGUCUCCCAGUCCGGGGGCAGUCUCGUCAAUUCGUUAUAACAGUCACCGACGCGUUUCGGCACUUCAUUGGCCAAGUCUAUCAGGGACCGUCCUCGGUACCGGACACGUGAUCACUUCCGGGUUUGAGCAGGACUCCCGAUUACGUUAUCCACGUUGACCCACUUCUCUCGCCUAAUUAUAGGUUCCGGGACCCAUCAGAAUCAUCGAGUAAAUCGCACCAGCCCGUGUGAGUUAAGUACAUGGCUGAUUAGAUGAUUGACCAAUGUACUUAGCUGUUUUGGGUAGUAGAGAAGAACAUGACUGAGAGACACGUACGGUAAUCACCCAUAGAAUGUGUUUUAUCCUUCUUUAAUUAAUCCCUUAAAGAGAGAACACUUACCCACAAAUGUCGUCAUUAAUUACCAAUUGCUUUCUGUUAUAAAUAUAAUACGUUCAUUUAAGGUGGACCCACGUUAGAGGCGUGGUCCCACAGUUUUGUCCAAUAACAAGGCAGCAGGCGUUAGGAUAAGUCCUUGCGCGGUUUUAAAUAAAGAAUCAUAAAAAAAACACAGAAAAGAAAAUGGAGGGGUUUGUUCUUACCGUCGCCGCUUCUUUUGUCGAACGGGUGGAGACGAGCAGAGUGGGACACAUAAGGAGUUCGCCACAUUCCUCUCCCGCUUUUGAAUUGUUGGUGUUCGUCGUCUCCAGAAGCUUCUCGGCACUCUCGAUCGUUUCGACCCACUUGUCUAUCCUUCAUCUUCCGCACUCCCGAUCGUUAGGCUCCGUUCAUGCUUCCUUCGUCGUCUCCAUCGAUCUUGAUCCAGAUGGUUUCUUCCGUUCCUUCUCUAUCUCUCUCUCUCUCUCGUCUUUGGAUUUCGUUCGCCUCGUUCCGAUCGGGGAAGAUUGCUCAUGCUAAAGAAGAGAAAGAGAUCCAACUGUUUAGUUCGUGAUUCUUGUUAGUGUUUUCUCGAUCUCCUUUUCUUGGGCAUGUGUGGAUUUUGGGUUGCGAGCUCGAGUCUCCUCCUGAUAUGCAUCUUUUUGUGUCUCGUUGAUAGUGGAUUCCCUGAUUCCUUUUGUUUUCUGUUCCCUUUCCGAUUCUUAGUUCCUCGUUUUUGUUGUUGCGUUCUUGAUCUGUCGACAAUUCUUCUUCCUGAUACCUCUCCUUUUUCUUCCUUAUUCCGAAUCCUAUCGCUGCCACGAACCCAAAAAAAAUCGUGCUGUCAUUGUUUCUUGUUUCUAUUGUUCUUGGGAUUUUGUGGAUUUUGGGUUGCUCGAUAGAGUCUUCCUUGUGUUGAUGAUUCGUUUGGGUCUUGUUUUCGCUGGUGAUGAUCUAUCUCUGAUCCUUUUUCUCUUUUUCUUAUUUCGAAUUUCUAUGCUUUGUUGUUUUUGGUUCUCGAAGAAGCGUGAUGUUUGGUUGUACGAGGGUUUGCAAGAUUCGAACUAUUUGAAGCGGAUGGAUCUUUGUCGAGGUGGGGUGGUUUGCGACUUCUCUUUCUUUCUUCUUCCUUGUGUUAUGAUUUAUGAUCGUCAGACCAAGCAAAUGUAAGGUACAUAUUUGUGGAUUUGUCUGGUGAUCGUAAUGUUGAUAUGGGCUUGGCAGAUGAUGGGGUUGGUUUGUUUGCAUGAGCGUGGUUUGGUUGAAAAUGAGAGAGAGCACGCUGGUCCAUGACCCAUGCCAGCUUCCAUGGUUGUGUACUAGCGUGCUCCUUCUGGUUGUCAACCCAAGAUCACCAUACUAAGUUUCUCCUCCUCCUUGCCCGUGGAGUUCUUGACCCGAUACGUAUAUAUAUUUAUGGUUGCUUCAUCCUUUACAUAUUCUUAAAUCGAUUCUCUGCUCUUUCUUUUGGUCUAUUUAGUUGUGUUUAAUCACUUAAUCAUACUGUGUUGAGCGAAGGAAUUUUAAGUUGGGGCAAACAUUGAAAUCUAUUCGACGACCUAUUUCUUUGUUGAUGCAUGAUGAGUCUUGAGUUACUUUGUAAGGAUUGAUUGGAACAACAGGGAUCAUUUUGGCCACAAUAUAUUUACAUGCUAGUAAUUUUGUAUUUGUAUGUCUUCCACUUUCAGGCAUAAUCUCAUCAAUGAUGGUAUGCUACUUA